CUCUAAAUAUAAGACCGCGUGGACGGUAUUUCCUAAUAGAGAACUACACACAACAACAACAUGACUAACUCCAAGGGUUAUCGUCCCAGAGACAUGUUCCCCCGCCCCUUCCGCAAGCAUGAUGUCAUCCCAUUGUCCACCUAUAUGCGUGUCUUCAAAAUCGGAGACAUCGCUGACAUCAAGAGUCAUGGUGCUGUCCAAAAGGGUAUGCCCUACAAGGCCUACCACGGCAAGACUGGCAAGACUGUCGGAGUUAUUGUAAACAAGCGUGUUCGCGGAAAGAUCCUACCCAAGCGCAUCAAUGUCCGCAUUGAACAUGUCCAUCACUCCAAGUGCCGUGAAGAUUUAUUGCGCCGUGUCAAGGAAAACGAACGCUUGUUGCAGAAAGCAAAGGCUAAGGGUACCUGGGUCAACUUGAAGCGUCAACCUGAACAACCCAAGAAGGAUCACUUUGUUAAACAAAUCGAAGAACCCAUCCUAUUGGCUCCCAUUCCUUAUGAAUUCAUUGCCUAAGUU